AUUUUAGUGACACCACUAACUUUAUUGCAUAUAGCGCCAUCUGUAAACACAAAAGUUAGAAAUUUUUGAAAAGAACUUUUCUUUGUUAGCUAAUAAAUUGCUUUUUCGAAAGUAAACUUAACAAAAACCACCAAACAGUCAAAAGGCUGUGCGAGGGUGCUAUAAAGAGCUGAUAUUGUGUUUUUAACCAGAAGAAACAAUCAUUUUUAAAACAAAAUUUAGAAGGUGGGUUGUCAUAUCAACCAUUUCUAGAACCAAGAUGACAUCCCCACCUAAACAAUGUCAGUUUAUAAAACAAGAGGAGGUGGCCAGAGGUAAUUGGAUUUCAUUGAACAAAAUACAUUAUUCAGAUCCCACAGGCAAAGAGAGAGUCUGGGAAGCAGUAUACAGAACCACAAAACAAUCCAACAGUGCUGAUGCCGUGGUUGUAUUACCAGUGUUACGGAGAAAUCUCAAAUUUGAUUGUGUAAUCCUAGUCAAACAGUACAGACCUCCCAUGAAAAAUUAUACCAUAGAAUUUCCUGCAGGUUUGAUUGAUAAAGGAGAGACGCCUGAUAAAUGUGCUGUACGAGAAUUAAAAGAAGAAACAGGGUUUAUGGGAAUUUGUAAGCAUAUAUCACCAAUCACAUGUUUAGAUCCAGGAGUAGGAAAUACAUCUGUUUCUAUGGUAACUGUAGAGAUUGAUGGUGACACUAAAGAAAAUAUUGAACAUAAAACAAAUUUAGAUGACGGGGAAUUUAUAGAAGUUUUAAUUGUUCCUUUAAAUCAACUUUUAGUCAAAUUAAACGAACUGAGUGAAAGUGGGUUAUCUAUAGAUUCUAGAGUGUACACAUAUGCUAUAGCUCAAGAACAGGCUAAGCACAUAAAACCUGUGAAUCCAGACCAAGAACAAAUAGAGCCCUCCAUUUCUACUGAAUAUCUUAAAUAGUGUCUCUUAUUGAAUAUUCAUUACAAAACUCAUUGAACAGGAGUAAGAAAGCAACCACUUGGAAUAUAUAAUCUCUAGUACACUAAUAAUCCUAACCAAUUAAACGAAAUCUGCAUAGUCGUAAGGUACCCAUGGAGUGCCUGAGAACCUCUCCCCUAAGAAAAUCUGUGAAAAAUAGAAAUGCUUUGGUGCAUUCAGACAUCUUAUGGGACUAAAACGUAAAACAAAAACUUCAUAUUCUUAAAAAAGAUCAAUUUUCUCCAUUUUCAAUCUUGCAAGUCUACUAAAACUAAGUGUUUUAUGACGUCAUCUCCGCAAAGGUCUUAUGUGAUACAAGCAAAUUUGGCGGGGAUGACGUCUACAAUGAAUAAUUUUCCUAUGCUUAUCAAGGGAGACAAUUUUUGAUAUAAUAAUAAUGAAAGAAUAUAUUAUAUAAUGUAAUAAUGAUUUAACUGUACAAGUUUUUAGUCUACAAUUUCAAUAAAUGAAACAUAAAUAAUAUUUCUGCAAGUCCAUGCUCAAUUUGAACCAUAAACAGAAUUAGUCUACUUUAUUAGUAGGUAGUUUACGUAGUAAUCAACACAAUAUAAGUCAUGCUUGUAUAGUUUCAAUUACUAUAUAUUCUACCUCAAAAAUAAAGUGGACUACUCCAGUUUAAGUUUCCAAUUGGACUCAGACAUGCAUAACUUUCUUGUCUCGACUAUACUUCAGUUAGUUAUGAAGAAACAAUGUGUGUAAAUGAUGCAAGAUGAAGUAUACUGAUUUUAUAAUGUAAUAACUAACAAUAUCAAAGUAAAUAAAUGAUAUUACAUUUU